AUGCCGUCAGUCUUCAAGCACUCUCCCUUCGUGAGCCUGCGUCCUGACCAGGACUGUGGGAGACGGUCGAAGGAGCAGAGUCCGCCGCCAUACCGCACACUCAAUGGCGCCAACGGAGCUGGCAGAAACGGCGGCAACGACGAGAAGGCAGCUUAUGGAGCUUCGUCCAAGAUCAACGGAUACUCGAAUGGCUAUACUGAUGGCGAUACGAACGGAUCUACCAACGGGGUCAGCCACCGCUCUUCUGACGACGAGUUCCUACGCCUCUCAAGCCCGCAACAAGACGUCUUGCUUCUACACGGCCCACGCCAGAAGUACUCGCUGGAGAAAGCCAAGGACAUCCCGGAGCUUCGUGGAGACGAUGAAGUCCUGGUUCAAGUCCUCGCCAUUGGCCUCAACCCAGUUGACUGGAAGGGAGCUGACUACGGCUUUGGUCAACCAAGCUACCCAUGGGUGAAUGGCAGAGACUUUGCCGGCAUCGUUGUCAAGUCACCACGCAAGCCGAGCAGAAUCCAGCAAGGCGAUGUCGUAUUUGGACCUAGUACGGAUUAUCGAGACGUCAGGAAAGCAGCCUACCAGGAAUAUCUGGUAACGUCAGACUACAACGUUGCUCGCAUUCCUCAUGGCGUCGAUGUCAAGGAGGGUGCCGCACUGGGUGUGGCGUUCAUCGCGGCUGCCAUUUCUCUCGGUAUCAGCUUUGGUGUGGACUUCACGCUGCUGCGUGAGGCUGCUGCAGGUCCAGAUCUUCUUCGUCUUGCACGCAGCCUCGAUCCGAGGCACGUACCGGAGGACAUCCGAGACGAGAUAUUCGGCGGCAUCUCCAAAUCCGAGCGGCCAAAGCCAGGUGAAUGGAUCGCCAUCUGGGGUGCGAGUAGCAUGACUGGUCAACUCACCCUGCAACUUGCGAAGUUCGCGGGCCUGAAGGUGGCUUGCGUGGCAGAUUUGGCUAGGAACGGACAGAGACUCAGCGAUCUUGGCGCGGAUUUCAUGGUUGACCGCUAUGAUACGAAGCGUGCGAUUGAAAUUUUGCGGGCUGUGACUGGCAACAAGCUGCGAUUCGGCAUCGACACAGCUGGCAAGGAGACCGCUGAAUAUCUGCAAGAAGCGUUGGCGAGCACGAACACUGGCGGCAAGUCCCACAUCCUUGGACUGAGUGGUUUACCUAAGGAUGCACCAAAUGGUGUCAUUCAGCAUGCUGUACCGAUCAAGAUUUUCCAUGAAGACCCAAAUGUGGGCGAGCAGCUAUCCCAAUGGCUCGAGGAACUUCUUGUCGCCAAGAGCCUCAAGCUGCCCGAGGUGGAGGUCGCAGAUGGCGGUCUUGCGGGUGUUAACACCGCCCUCGAUCGACUGCGGUCUGGCAAGAUCGGUGGUAAGCGCAUCGUCGUGCCAGUAGGCGCCGAAGCAGUCAGCUCGCCGAAGACAGAGAUGCCGGUCAAUGGCUUCGGCAGUGUCGCUGAGACAGACGACAUGAGCUACCACGACAUGAUCAACUCCGAUCCCGACAGAGUCAAAUUCGCCUACUGGGUGCCCAAUGUCUCCGGCGGCCUUGUCAUCAGCAAAAUCCCCCAGCGUACUGGGUGGGACUUACAUGCCAACGAGCGGUACGCCCAGACGGCAGAGCGAUGGGGAUUCGAAUACGCAUUGUCGCAGAUCCGCUUUAUGGCUGGCUACGGUGCUGAGAAUCAACAUGAGCCUGUCUCGCUGUCUCAGGCACUUCUCAUGAGCACGAAAAGGCUGAAGGUCAUUGCUGCCCUGCUUCCAGGACCUUGGAAUCCUGCAGUCGCAGCCAAGAUGAUUGCAUCCAUCGACAACUACUGCAACGGGCGUGUCAGCGUCAACGUGGUGUCUGGGUGGUUUAAGCUUGAGUUCACGUCCAUCGGCCAAUGGUGGCUCGACCACGCCGAACGCUACCGCCGCAGUCGGGAAUUUAUCGAAUGUCUAAAAGGCAUCUGGACCGAGGACAAAUUCACAUACAAAGGCGACUUCUACCAAUUCCACGACUACCCGCUCAAGCCUAAGCCACUCAACCUCGACAGCAGGCCAUGCGGCCACCCGGAGAUCUUCCAAGGGGGCAACAGCAAUGACGCCCAGGAGAACGCUGGUGCUGUUAGCGAUUACUACUUCAUGAACGGUAACACGCUUGAAGGGUUCCAGAAGCAGAUCGCUGGUGUCAAGGAGAAGGCGGUCAACAAUGGCCGCGCUGGGAAGGUCGGCUUCGCUUUGAACGCGUUUGUGAUCUGUCGAGAGACGGAAGACGAAGCCAUUCGCGUGUUGCAGGAGAUCCAGGGCAAGGCUGAUCUGGAGGCAGUAGAGGGCUUCAGACAGCAGGUGCAGAAUGCUGGUAGCUCGACGGCGAAUAAGUCGGGCAUGUGGGCGAACUCAAAGAUGGAAGAUUUGGUGCAAUAUAAUGAUGGCUUCAAGACGAAGCUUAUUGGGACGAAGUAUCAGAUUGCGGAGCGUAUCUGCAUGCUCAAAUCCCUCGGCGUCGACAUUAUCCUCGUAGCCUUCCUCCACUAUGAAGAGGAGAUCGAAGAGUUUGGCCGCAACGUGCUGCCGCUUGUUAGAGAGAUGGAGAAGCAGGGGCGUGGCAAGGAUGAGGCGUACGAGACUGCGCGGACGGGCUACAUCUAUGCCGCGAAGAACCAGGAGGAGAAGAAGUGA